AUGUGGCUGACGACACUCUGCAAGCACAAUGCAUUUCUGAAUCAUGCAGAGAACUCUAUCGUCCAGACAUUGCCACUUGACGUGAACGGACGAGACACAUCGCCAAGAGACACAUCGCCAAGAGACACAUCGCCAAGAGACACAUCGCCAAGAGACGCAUCGCCAAGAGACACAUCGCCAAGAGACGCAUCGCCAAGAGACGCAUCGCCAAGAGACGCAUCGCCAAGAGACGCAUCGCCAAGAGACGCAUCGCCAGGAGAUGCAUCGCCAAGAGACGCAUCGCCAAGAGACACAUCGCCAAGAGACACAUCGCCAAGAGACGCAUCGCCAAGAGACACAUCGCCAAGAGACGCAUCGCCAAGAGACACAUCGCCAAGAGACACAUCGCCAAGAGACGCAUCGCCAAGAGACACAUCGCCAAGAGACCCAUCGCCAAGAGACGCAUCGCCAAGAGACACAUAGCCAAGAGACGCAUCGCCAAGAGACGCAUCGCCAAGAGACACAUCGCCAAGAGACACAUCACGCAUCGCCAAGAGACGCAUCGCCAAGAGACACAUCGCCAAGAGACACAUCGCCAAGAGACACAUCGCCAAGAGACACAUCGCCAAGAGACACAUCGCCAAGAGACACAUAGCCAAGAGACACAUCGCCAAGAGACACAUCCCAAGAGAACCAUCGCCAAGAGACACAUCGCCAAGAGACACAUCGCCAAAGACACAUCGCCAAGAGACCACAUCGCCAGAGACGCAUCGCCAGAGACACAUCGCCCAGAGACUCAGCACCAAGAAUACGCAUCACCAGAGACACAUCGCCAAGAGACACAUCGUCAGAGACACAUCGUCAAGAGACACAUCGUCAAGAGACCCUCGCCAAGAGACACAUCGCCAGAGACCAGUGGUCUAUGUGGGACACAUAGCCCUCGCAACACUCAUACCGACACUCACAUGA